UAUGGUACAUUAUGUUAUUUAAAAGAUUUCGACGAUGAAGGAGUUAUUGAAGUUCGAUCAUUAACAACAACAUGGUGUUAUGAGGAAACAUUUGGUCAAGGCCUUGAUUUUAUAAACAGACGUGGUUUUAUGUUAGGAAAUGAGAGAAUUCCGGAUGGAAAAAUAUGUGCAUAUAGAUCGAAAACCGAUAUUCGAUAUUUCAAUAAUACAAUGUUUGCGUAUUGUUUUAUGAUGAAAUCAGAUAAUCAAGAAAUAUCAGCGAUUUGUUGCUGCUCCUCUAUUAUUGAUAAGCCGUGUAAUUUUAUAAGCGAAAAAUAUUACAUAUCAAAAACUAAUGUAUAUUAUACCAGAAAAUCUCUACAGGUACGGCAUUAUUGCUUAUCAUUAGAUGGUAAACGUGAUAUAUGUUUCAUGGGAGAGAAUCAUAAAGUGAUUUGUUAUUAUGUUGCUGAUAUGAAGAAUGGAAUUGUUCAAGGCGGAUGUGUUCUAUCGUUGACGAAGAAAUCUGAACGUCAUAAACUUGCCAAUAUUUGUUUGAUUAGAACAUUAUACAAUAUGACAGUACCGAUACAAUUCUUACAUUCAGCUGAAGCAGCUAAAAUUUUCUGUUGUGCCGGAAGGGAUGAUUGCAAAGAAUCAGUGAUGGAAAUGAGACGUUUUAAGAGACUUUUCGAAAUGGGACAUUUCAAAAGGGUCAAAACUUUAAAGGAGAAAGAUUUCACAUUUAUUGCUUCUGGCUAA